UCCUUCACAAACAGAAAAAAUAGAAAAUGAGCAUCCUCUUAUCCAAUCCGUUAAUUCAGUUAAAAAUUCCAACCAAAUAUCGCGCCAAAACCAGCAUCAAAUCAUCAUCAAUCUCCGCCCGCCUUGACAAUUCACAACAGCCGGAGCAACAACUCAAUCUCUCCGUUCUACGUUUCACAUUCGGUAUACCUGGAUUCGACGAGUCGUAUCUACCGAGAUGGAUCGGCUACGGAUUCGGCUCGCUUCUGGUGUUGAAUCAUUUCGUAUUCUCCAAUUCAGUCACCUCAGCGCAGCUGAGAGCAGAGGGACUUGGCCUUUCUUUGGCUGCAUUUUCUGUCGUACUUCCUUACCUCGGUAAUUUUCUCAAGGGUGCUACUCCAGUGGAUCAGAAAAUUCUUCCUGAAAAUACCGAGCAAAUUUUUGUCAUGUCACAGAAUAUCUCGGAUACUUUGAAGGAGGAUAUGGCUUGGGCUACCUAUGUUUUAUUGCGCAAUACAAACUCCAUAUCUGUGUUGAUAUCAUUUCGAGGGAAGUUAUGCAUACGUGGCUACUGGAACACUCUAGAUGGUUCAUCGAAAACUCAACUAGUUGAAUGGUUUGAGAGACAGAUUGAGAAGAUUGGCUUGUCUGAUUUGAAGGAGAGCCUCUACUUUCCUCAGAGUGCUGAUUCAGGACUUUGGAAGAUGCUUCCCAAGGAGACUUCUUCUCUCUUCGUACAACCAGUCAUACAAAUUCCAAAUCCUAGUGCCAAUGAGAUGGAAAAGACUGAAGGGUUUGUCCUACUGGCUUCUAGCAUUUGGUAUGCGUAUAGCGAUAAAGAUAGAGCUUGGAUAAGAGCAAUUGCUAACAAAUUUAGAGGUGAAGCCUAUGUAUAAAUUUGAAUUGAGUUUAGGGGA